UGAGGCAUUCACUUCCCUUGUCGCUGUCCUCGUCAUCAGCGAAACAGGAAUUCUUUGUCGAAUAAGAGAGCCUGAUCCGUUACAGUCAUGGCGCUGGAGGACAUCAUGAUGGCAUCUGCAUCCAAGUAUUCGGGUGUGCUGUCCGAAAAGCCGAUACCUUCUUGCAUACGAUACGUUCAACGUUGACGUUUCAUCCACCAUGGGCCAGAGACCAGCAAGAUCCAUCUAUCGCUCAGACCUGAUCGCCGUGCUGUUGUGCCUCGAGGCGUUCGUCGUCUUCGUUGCCCUCGUGCUCUUUGGCGUGGCGUACCCAGAUCGCUUCCGCUUGCGGCUUUGGAGGAACGGCGGCGAGGAAGGGUGGUGUUCGAACCCGAGAAUGCGGAUAUACUUCUAUGCCAACCAUGAAGAACCGCCAGAGAUACCCUUGAUUUGGAGCCAAAGGUUGACAACCUCCAAUAUGGCCACCGCGGUCCUAGGAGCGACGGUAUUCUUCGCUCGCCUGACAAUGGCUGCCCUACGAUACGAAGCCCGGUGGACGAACCUCGUAUACGACGCCUUCCUCGCCGUUCUCUGGGCCUGCAGUGCCGCGGCGCAAAUCGGACCCGAUCUGACGGAUCCUCGACACCUCAGCGAGAGACCGUGGUAUCUCGUACGCAGCUGUGACGAGGCGUGGCCGCAGAAUCGAGGCUGGUGUAGGAUCGCAAAAUGGGAAUAUUGUUGGUCCAUUCUUGCAGCGGCGUUCUAUGUCGCGAGGAUCCUAGGCUCGUUGGGCUGUUUGUUGUACGAGAAGGGACAAAAAGAUGGAAGAACGGCAAGGUUUAAGUCGCCGCUCAUGCUGGAGGUCCAUGCGUCAAAUGAAGGGCGUGAUACUGCGUCGUACAAAGAUAACUCGGAAGAAGAGCAUAGAUGGGUUCGAAAUGAUUGAUGAUCGAUCUGGUGUCGUACAGAUCGACGACAGGGUGGCAUGGAUUGGAUCGAGGUCAUACAUCUCCACUCAA